AUGUCCACCGAACGCAAUUUCAACAUCGCCGUCGUCGGCGGCGGCAUUGCCGGCGUCACCCUCACCAUCGGCCUGGUGCGCCAAAACAUCCCCGUCACCCUUUACGAAUCCGCCCAAGCCUUUGGCGAGAUAGGCGCAGGCGUUGCCAUCGGCGCCAAUGCUGCGCGCGCCAUGUCGCUGAUCGCCCCCGAGGUGCGGUCGGGCUUCGAGAAGGUCGCAACCUUCAACCUGUGGGACAGCAAGAAGCACAUCUGGUUUGACUUCCGGCGCGGAAUGGGCCACGGCGGCAGCGACGCCAACGCAAACCAGGGCGAGCUGAUCUCCUCGGUGCCGGGGCCCUCGGGCCAGGCCGCCGUGCACCGCGCACACUUCCUCGACGCCAUGGUCGACCUGGUGCCGGAUAACGUCGCGAAGUUCGGAAAGAGGUUGGACCGUAUCGAGACGCUGCCUGAUGGCAACGUGAAGCUGCACUUCUUGGACGGCACCGAGGCCGUGCACAGCGCCGUCAUUGGUUGCGACGGCAUCAAGAGCCGCACCCGUCAGAUCCUCCUCGGUGACGACCACCCCGCCGCAAAGGCCCGCUUCAGCGGCAAGUACGCCUACAGAGGCCUGAUUCCCAUGGAGAAGGCCGCCGAGCUGCUGGGCGACGAGCUGGCUCGCAACAGCCAAAUGUACCUGGGUUACCACGGCCACGUGCUGACCUUCCCUAUUGAGCACGGUGCCACCAUGAACGUCGUCGCCUUCGCCAGCAGCAAAAUCUGGGAUGAGCCCAACUGGGUCGUGCCGACGACCAAGGAGGCGCUGCUCAACGACUUCGCCGGCUGGUCCAAGCACGUGCGCGACAUCAUGUCGCUGAUGCAAAAGACGGACAUCUGGGCCUUGUUCGAGCACCCGCCUGCGCCCUAUUACACGCGCGACCGCAUCUGCGUCAUCGGCGACGCCGCCCACGCCACCACCCCGCACCAGGGCUCCGGCGCCGGCAUGGCCGUCGAGGACGCCUGGCUCAUGGCCGCCCUGCUGGCCGACGUGAAAGACGCCAAGGACGUCCAGGCGGCCUUUAACGCCUUCGAGAAGGUGCGCAUCGACCGCACACACAGGCUCGUCACCACGAGCAACGAGGCCGGCCGCCUGUACGAUUUCGAGCUGCCUGGCUGCGAGGACGAUGUGAAGAAGAUUGCCGCGAACUUGCAGUCGCGGAUGAGCUGGAUCUGGGAGGAGGAUUUGGAGAGGGAGCUUGUGGAUGCGAGGAAGGUCUUCAAUGAGGAGGUUAGCAAGGCGAGUUUGUAG